UUGUUUCCGCCCUGUGGUUCUGUGUGACAGCUUCUUGGUCGGGUUGUCUGCUGUUGGUUUUCCCCGGUACUGCUACCGCUGUCCUUAGUCGUCAUGCUUUCCCACUCCCGGUGUUUCUCCCGGACUCUCGGCCGCUCCCUCUCCGCUCUCAGCCAGGGUAACAGUGUCUUAGGGAGGAGGGCCAUUUCAGGCCUUUCUGCUUGUCAUCACCUUGCUUAUGAGAAGAGCCGUCUGGAAUGUGGCAGGAGAUCUAGUGUCUUCCACAUUAGGUACUUUAAGACUUCAGCAGUCUGCAAAAAUGAAGUUGUCACAGUAAAUACUCCUGCAUUUGCGGAGUCUGUCACAGAGGGUGAUGUAAGGUGGGAGAAAGCUGUUGGGGAUGAGGUUGCAGAGGAUGAGGUGGUGUGUGAAAUAGAGACUGAUAAGACCUCGGUGCAGGUCCCUUCCCCUGCAGCCGGAGUGAUUGAGGCUCUGUUGGUCCCAGAUGGAGGCAGAGUGGAAGGUGGAACCCCGCUCUUCAAACUCAGAAAAGGAGCUGGCGCUGCCAAAGCCAAGCCUGCUGAUGCCCCACAGCCAAAAGCAGAAGCGCCAGUCACAGCAGCACCUCCUUCACCCCCUCAUCCUUCUGUGGGACCAAUCCCCACCAGCAUGCCCCCUGUCCCCCCUGUGCCAGGACAGGCCAUUGACAUGAAACCUGUUGGUGCCAUUAAACCUACAGCAGCACCAUCCAUUCCAUUUGCCUCUGCAGAAAGCACAGCAAAAGGGUCCAGGUCAGAGCACAGGGUAAAAAUGAACCGUAUGCGAUUGAGGAUUGCUCAAAGGCUGAAGGAAGCACAAAACACCUGUGCCAUGCUGACCACUUUUAAUGAGAUUGAUAUGAGUAACAUCCAGGAAAUGAGAAAACAACACAAAGAUUCUUUCCUGAAAAAACACGGCAAUAAGCUUGGUUUCAUGUCUGCAUUUGUGAAAGCGGCUGCACAUGCUUUAGCUGAUCAACCUGCUGUUAAUGCUGUCAUUGAUGAUACAACCAAAGAAAUUGUAUACAGGGAUUAUGUCGAUAUCAGUGUGGCUGUGGCAACACCAAAGGGGCUUGUGGUUCCAGUGAUCCGAGGAGUUGAGACAAUGAACUUUGCUGACAUUGAGAGAACCAUAAAUGAGCUUGGAGAAAAGGCUCGCAAGAAUGAAUUGGCAGUGGAAGACAUGGAUGGUGGGACCUUCACUAUCAGCAAUGGAGGUGUUUUUGGGUCAUUGUUUGGAACGCCCAUCAUUAACCCUCCACAGUCCGCUAUCCUGGGCAUGCAUGGAAUUUUUGACAGGCCUGUCGCAAUUGGAGGGAAGGUUGAAAUUCGGCCCAUGAUGUAUGUCGCUCUGACGUAUGACCACCGUCUCAUCGAUGGAAGAGAGGCGGUGACUUUCUUGCGCAAAAUCAAGUCAGUGGUGGAGGACCCCCGAGUGCUCCUGCUUGACCUGUGACCUGUGACCUUUGACCAAUAAAACACAGGAAUUCUAUUUAAGACAGCCUCCCUUAACACAAGCAGUGGUUAUAUACUCCAUGGUUAUUACUACAUGUUUAAUUAUUAUAUUGUACAAAAAAGAAAAAGGUGUAAUCUUGUAGUUUACCCUUGGAAGGAGAAAGGUGGUUUGGAAUUCUGCAUGAGAUCAAAGAGUAAAACAAUAUUUUUACUUAAUGUAUCACAGUCUGGGUUUUCAAUGGAUCAGGUUUCUUUUAGUGCAGACAGUAAAAUAAUGUAGAGGUGUUUAUUUUUCUUGCAAUAUGCUUGCGUCCUUUCACACUAAGAAAUGCAAAUAGAUGUUAAUUUGUUGUAAUGUAAGUAGUACAACAAGUUACAAAUGGAUACCUUGGGAGGUUUGUCUUUUUGGAGAAAAAAAAUGCACUGAAUAAUAGCUGUAAAAAAUGAUUUCUGUGAUGACAAAAUGAAAGCUGAAAAUCCACCUGCUCUUGUUCUGUGAUGGUAUAAGACAGCUUUAGUGCAGCAUUUUCAGGAAUCGGUGGCAUUGAUAUCUGAAAUGCAUAAGGUAGCCAUACAUGUUUCGCAGAAACUAGAGGUCUGCUUCAUUGAUAACCCUGGGAACUGAUUUUACGUCUGCUGUAUACCGAACAUGUAGGAAGGAAAAUGGUUUUAAACAUUAAAAAACAAAACCCCUAUAGUGUUUUGGUGGUACAUAUUGACUUUAAAAUGUUUUGUGUUCUAGGUUUUACUUAUUUGAUACACACAUCAGCAACAGAAUUGUUUUAAAUUUUCAAAAGACCGCACAACUACUCAUUUUAUGUUAUAUGUUUGCUUGUGUAAAUUUGAGUAGUACAGAGGAUUCUUUUCUAAAAUGGGAACAUUGCUAUAAAUGGUAAUGGAAAUAAGGUCUGCCUUAUAAGAUGUUCUGUAGUGUCAAAACGUCUGUCUGUCACCACUAAACUGUUGUGGUAAUGUAAAAGAAGCAAGGGAUAAACAAGAACCUCAAAAUUUUGGUAAAUCAUAACCAUACUGUAUUAAACCAUGACAAAGGUUUUAAGAUAUUCAGUUUUGACACUUGAAUGCCACUGUUUGUAAAAUCCCUAAAGUUUUAAAAUAAACAUUAAUUAUA